GUGUCAAAACAAACUGAUUUCUGCUUGUCGUAUGACUUGUGACUCAUUAUUUUUUCUACUGAUUCAAGAUCUGGAAAAUUAAGUGAAACCAUUGAAAUUACAUUGAAUUUGCCUAUAUUUCAACAAAAUAAAACACGAUGUCCCUAAAUACAGCACAUGCAAACAAUGGAGUUCUUAUCCAUGCUGGUGAAGGUAUCCUUAUCUUCGUGGAUAAGGUAACAAUGGAUUUUUCCGGUCAAGAUGCACCUGCAUUCAAAGGCACAAAGCAAGGACGCGUAUAUCUUACAACCCAUCGCAUGAUAUUCAACAACAAACAUUCAUCCGACGGAAUGCAAUCAUUCAGCUUUCCUUUCGUGACUCUGCAUGAUGUUGAACUGGAGCAACCUGUGUUUGGAGCCAACUACAUAAAAGGUAAAGUACGCGCACAGGAGAAUGGAAACUGGACUGGUGAAGCAAAAUUCAAGUUGGUAUUCAAAAACGGCGGUGCAAUUGAUUUUGGUCAGGCUAUGCUGAGAGCAGCUGCCAUGGCUCAACGAAACGCAGGUAGUGCUGCACCUCCACCAUACACACCACCAGGAGGUGAAUGGUUUGCAGCUCCACCACCAAUUUAUACAGCUAAUCCUUACAACUACGGAUGGGUUCCAUCAAUUACUGUAUUUCCGGACCAACCAGCUCCUAAUUCCAUUUACAUGCAUGACAGUCCACCACCGUAUCCUGGAAUAACUCCUAGUGCGCCACAGCAAGGCUAUCCCCAACAAGGAUAUCCUCAACAAGGUUAUCCUCAACAAGAAUAUCCUCAACAAGGAUACCCUCAACAAGGAUUUCCUCAACAAGGUUAUCCUCAAGGCUUCCCACAGCAGAACGGCUAUGCUGUUCAGAAUGGCUACUCAUACCCACCCCAACAGCCAGGAUAUCCAAACCCGAAUAGUUCAAGUGGUGCCCAAGGAUAUGGUUUUGUGAGUGGACCAGGUUCUUCUGGAGUUUCGAAUGGUUACGUGGCCCUUCCGCCACAGACCCAUGCUAAUUCAAAGGAAGCUGAAGCCGCCCGAAGUGCCUAUAAUCCUCAGAGCGCUUACAAUCCAUCACAAUCGUACAACGAACCACCACCAAGUUAUAGUUCGUUGAACAAAAAAGAUCAGUAAAUGGAUGUGUGAUUUAUUAUUGGAAUACACCGCGUCAAAACUAUGGAAAGUAAGUGAUUUGAUCAUUAUCCUACAAAUAAAUCAAAUUACAUUAUACAUAAUAAAAAAAAGAUUCCUUAUCCUUAAUCUAUUAUCAUUUAUGUUAUAUUAUGACCUGAAUGGAUUGAGUAAUUUACUAUAUAAAAUAUUUGUGCACGUUGUACAUUCUUUUCCUGUAAUACUGUUUAACUGCAAAUUACUGUUCUGAAUAAAUAAAGAAUCAAUCAA